AGCCGAACGGAGGAAAGGGGAGAGAGAGAGAGAAAGAGAGAAAGAGUGAAAGAAGGGGGGCGAGAAGAACGGGAAAUACGCGCUGAAAUCCUGACAGUUUUUUUGUUCACCGGGGAAGUGGAAGGAUGUAGCCCGGGAGUCAAUCACUCUGCCUGGGAUAGGAAACUGGAUUACCGCAGUUUCUGAAACCUUGUUUGUGGAUGUUGUCAAUAACUGGGAAUAACGGGGAUGGUUGUUGGAUCGUAAACUCGCAGCAGAAUGGGGACUAACAGUAGCCUCCCUACUCAAUCUCGGACCGGCAGUUAGAAGCUCUCUGUAAGUGUGUGUGGGAUGUCGUGUCAGGGCUAGAGCCCUUCCCUCUCCCAUGAGCCUGUGUGCCCACACACACACACGGCGCCCCCACACACACACACGGCGCCCCCACAAACACACAGACACACGGCGCUGACGUUGUGAAGUGGACCCUCGGAAACAGACCGGAGCAGAACCGGAUCAAACCAGCCUGUGGGCCGGCGGGGCGGAACCUGAGGAUGUCAACAGAGGCGGAGCUACAGCCAGCUGUCAGGCCCAGUGUCAGGAGAGACUCCAGGAGGAAAGGGCAGGAUCGUAGCGAGGCCGGGUUGAUCAGGCGGUUUAAGGGGGAUGGCGUUCGCUACAAGGCUAAACUCAUCGGUCUGGACGAAGUCAUGGCCGCGAGGGGAGACAAACUUUGUCAAGACUCCAUGAUGAAGCUCAAGGGUAUAGCAGCAGCAGGGCGCUCUAAAGGAGACCACAAACAGAAGGUGUUUUUGACCGUCUCCUUUGGGGGGAUCAAGAUCUUUGAUGAGAAGUUUGGGGUCCUCCAGCACCACCAUGCGGUCCAUGAGAUCUCUUACAUCGCUAAGGACAUCACAGACCACCGAGCCUUUGGUUAUGUCUGUGGGAAAGAGGGCAACCACCGCUUCGUAGCCAUCAAGACAGCACAGUCUGCAGAACCAGUGAUCCUGGACCUCCGGGACCUGUUCCAGCUCAUCUAUGACAUCAAACAGAGGGAGGAGAUGGAGAAGAAAGCCCAGAAAGACAAACAGUGUGAACAGGCUGUGUACCAGACUAUUCUGGAAGAAGAUUUGGAGGAUCCGGUCUACCAGUACAUUGUGUUUGAGGCAGGACACGAGCCCAUCCGUGACCAAUCAGAAGAGAGCAUUUAUCAGGUUCCGACCAGUCAACAGAAGGAGGGGGUAUAUGACGUCCCCAAGAGACACCCAAAUGCUCAAAAUGGUCACCAACAACAACAGCCACAACAACAGUCUCUGAUAGAUCUCAUGGAUAUGGACAGUGUAUGGACACCACAGAAUAUCAACCAAUUAGAGCUCUUUGGAGACAUCUCCACACUCCCGGACAUCUACUCCCCCUCGACCCCUGCCUCUCCAGCCAACACCCUGGACCCCUCUCUGGGCCUGCAGCCCACAACGGAACUCUUCACCCCCUUCAACCCAGCCUCCGUACCCUCAGGUUAUGUGACGAUGGGAGCGGUACCUCCAGGUCAGGUGUGGUCCCAGCAGGCGUUUGCAGCCCAGGCAGGUCCUCUGUUCGGGGUCCCGUCCCCCCUGGGUCAGUCCCUCCCUGUAGCCCAGGUCCUGCCUGGAGGCCAGCCUCUCAUCUGGGGCCAGGCCAACCUCUUCCCUGCUACACAGCAGCAGUGGGCCGCCAUGACUGGAGCAGGGUUCCCUGCUACAGCCUACCUCCCAACCCAGCCAGGGUCUCUGCCUGCCAUGUUCCUCCCAGUUAAUCAACCCUGCGACAGCCUAUCAUCUGCCGGCGCUGCCUCUAACCCCGCCCCCUCAUCAGCCUCCAGUCCACAGCAUGCAGAGAGGCAGCGGCAGAAGAUGAGCAAGGAGAUGUUUAAGGACUUCCAGCUAGCGAAGCCCCCUGCCAUGCCUGCUAAGAUGGGGGACCAGCACCAAAGUCUAGCGGGGACCUCAGAGGCCUUCAGUUCCUAUUUCAGCCGCGUGGGGACCGUCACCGAUACAGACGACUGUGACGACUUUGACAUCUCUCAGCUCAACCUCACUCCUGUCACCUCCACCACGCCCUCCACUAACUCACCUCCGACCCCGGCCCCCAGACAGAGUUCUCCAUCUAAAUCCUCGCUGUCUCACGUUAGUGACCACAUUGACCACAUCAGUGACCCUCCCACAGACGCCACCGACCCCCCCACAGAUGACUCGUUCGGCGAGGUGGAGGGCUCCCCCAGUCGCAGUGGAGAGGAGGAUGCGGCGUGUGGGUCUGGGUCUCCAUGUCCCAGUGAGACAGCAGGUUCUAGUCCAGCCCAGACCAGUCCACCUGCCGACAGCUAGAUAGAUGCUGGCUGGGUGCUGGGGGAAGGAUCUCUGUCUGCAGGGGAAGGAUCCUCUCUACGCCCAGGUCAACAAAGGGAAGAAAUAAAGAGACACACUGAACACUGAACACUGGACACUGGACUGACCAACCAACGCUGACCAACCAACCCGAUGUGUGUGUGUGUGUGUGUGUGUGUGUGUGUGUGUGUGUGUGUGUGUGUGUGUGUGUGUGUGUGUGUGUGUGUGUGUGUGUGUGUGUGUGUGUGUGUGUGUGUGUUACUCCUCUCAAGCAGCAGCCUGGCCACCCCUCUAACAAAGGAUGGAACGCUCCAUCUACUCCCUCUACUCUCUUUUCAUUCAUUCCUUUCAUCUCUCUGUCUCUCUCUCUCUCCCUCCAUCAAACAUUGCUAGAGACUAUGCUGCCAAAAGGGGACUGGGCCAGGUGUUGUCUCCCUUCCUAACUCACACAGUGUUAUCAGACAUGGACCAAAUUAGUGUCUGUAGCAAGUGGAUCCUGUGGGACGAGCCAGGAAUGGUAUGCUGGGAUCCUUAUUUCUGAUUAGCCGGUUUAUUGGGACCUUGGCAUCUGAUUGGCUGUUUGGGUGUUUCACCUUCAUGUGAGCGUCUGCUGGAUGACUAUGCAGAAACAGACUCUCUGGGAGCUACUCACACACACACACACACACACACACACACACACACACACCGACACAGUGUUUUGCCAAAUGUCUCUUCUCAGACAGAUUCAGAGGGAAGGCUUCAGAGGGAAUGGACUCAGCGGGGCAUGGACGUUGCCAGCCUAACGGGCACCGCCUGGCAUGGACGUUGCCAGCCUAACGGGCACCGCCUGGCAUGGACGUUGCCAGCCUAACGGGCACCGCCUGGCAUGGAUGUUGCCAGCCUAACGGGCACCGCCUGGCAUGGACGAACAUUGCCAAAUUACCGGGCACCCCCGCCUUCGGAUGGAUGUUGCCAAACUAACUGAUUCUGUGAUUGAACUGCUCAUUCUCUAUAAUAGCUUUUGUACAAUAUCGAUUAAAACAGACAAGGGGAAAUUGAGUUUUUAUUUUAUAAAUCCAUCAAGACGCUCUACUGUCAGCUCUACUGGAGUUGCACAGUCACAUGGCUUUAAGAGACCUGAUCGUUGGUUUGCCAAACUCAUUUUGUAAAUAAUAAUAAUAAUAACAACAACAACAACAAUGAUCAUUCUGUCCGCAGGACUUCUGUGCCAUAAAAUAGGCAGGCUUCAGUUAUGCAACCAGAAGGUAUCAAGCAAUACCAACAUCUCCUCUGUCUGUCUGUCCAGGCUUCUGUUGCUCUCUCAACCCCUGACGUUGUUCGGUCUAUGAUCCUAUAAGUGUCUUUCCCCAACUCAGACCUCGUCUAUACUGCAGUCCUUUAUUGAUCAAUAUCCAUGUGCCCUGUAACCUUGUACAGUCAUACCAUCAUCCCGUCUGUUCAUCAUAUCAUUUCUCAGUCUGAGUGACAGGAGCAUUACCCAUCGUCACAACCACACCAGACACUCCCUACAGCUGUAUGUCUGUCAUCGGCCCCUAACCCUGCUCGUCUGUCUGUCUCCAUGUCUGUCUGUCUGCCGGUCUAUCCGUCCGUCUGUCUCUGCUAGUACUACAUCAACUGUGAUGCCAAUGACUCCCUAUUUUAUGGCCAGAAUCUCUGUGUAAUUAGACUUCUCUGGACUGACAACUGAUUAAUAAUGACGUUUGGACAAUAGAAGAAGAAGAUGAGGAACUGGACUAAAAGGGAAAAAAAAUGCUGUUUGAUUAGUAACAUUUCUAGACAUAUUUUAACCUUACCUCAGAUAACGGUUUCUUAAUGUAAAUUGACACAUUAUUUUUAUCUUUAUGAAUACAACAGCAUUCUACAGUGGAUUUUUAGAGGACUUUUAUUUUCUGUUGAUUUACAUCUCCACCAUGUAUUACAGUUCCUAUUAAACACAUCCCAAUGACA